UCCUGGGCGGGGAGAGGUGGCAGUCGAGUCCUCCCAUAUCCCAGCAGGCAGUGCAGUCUGGAGACUCUGACAAAGGAGCAGGGAGCAGUCGCAGCUGCUUUCCUAGGAGCCAGUGUUGCUGAGAUUGCCAAAAUGCUUUGGAGUUUUUAACUGAAUCUAAGAAAGUCCAAAAUAGAUUUGAGACUGUAAAAACAGAAGCUGCAGCAAGGGGGGAUUCAGUGCCAAUGCAUCAACAAAAAAGACAACCAGAGUUAGUGGAAGGGAAUCUUCCUGUCUUUGUGUUUCCCACGGAGCUAAUAUUUUAUGCAGAUGAUCAGUCCACUCAUAAGCAAGUGUUGACUCUCUACAAUCCCUAUGAGUUUGCCUUAAAGUUCAAAGUUUUAUGUACGACUCCAAAUAAGUAUGUUGUCGUUGAUGCUGCUGGUGCAGUGAAGCCACAGUGCUGUGUGGAUAUUGUGAUUCGUCAUAGAGAUGUUCGGUCCUGUCACUAUGGUGUGAUAGACAAAUUCCGCCUCCAGGUUUCCGAACAAAGCCAGAGGAAGGCCUUGGGAAGGAAAGAGGUUAUUGCCACUCUUCUCCCAACUGCGAAAGAACAGCAAAAAGAAGAGGAGGAGAAGAGAAUAAAGGAACACUUAGCCGAAAGUGUAUUUUUUGAGCAGUCAUGUCAACCAGGUCUUAUCACAAUGGCUAUACUUAGAACAUGAGCAAGGAUUGAAACUGACUUCUGAAGCAAAUUUAUCUUAAAAUAUGAAUGUGGACUUCCUUUUAUCUCUUUCACUCCAUUAACACACUACAAAUUAUUGAAUGAUUUCAAAUAACUGCAAAUGUAUAAUAUAUUUUCAAUUAGUCUAUAAUUUUAUUUGAAGGACUGUAGCACUUUAUGUUACAGACAACAAAGAUACUUGUGAGUGAUACCUAGGAAAUUAUUUGAAGACAUUCUUUUAAAUUCUAUACCUGUUGUACAAAUAACUUCAAUUCAAUGUUAUUGUUCAUCUUUUUUAUUUCGAACUUACUUUGAUAAGGGUCAUGGGUCCUUCAGAGUUUAAGACCUAAAUGAACAACUGACCAGCUUGAAAAUAAAAUGAUACUUAUUGCCUAGACACAAGCACCAAUAUUACUAUGUAAGUCAUAGAUUUCCUCCUAUUAUUACAAGGAGUUGCUCUGGUGUUCCUAAAGUGAAUCUAUUAACAGUCAGUGUGUGGGGGGUUGAAAACAUUAGGGACUUACUGAGGGAUCACGCUUACCCCGGGCUAUUCAAAGAAGACAAGAUGGAUUGAAAUUAACUGGUGAACUACAGAACAGAUUGUGCUUCAGACAACAGGCACCUCACAGAAGUAGAUUGCUUUCUCUGUUUGGCCCAAGUGGUCUAAAGAAAGGUAGGCAUUUUUAAAAUUAAUUGGUUUGUCCUGGCUUUACUUCUGGUUAAUCCUUAAUGUAUUAAGGGGAAAAUCGCUUUUUGGUUUUCUCCCAAGUCCCUUGCCGGCCUGAGUGUAAGUGACUUGUCCUGGUUAGGAAUGUCAGAUGACAAUUGUUUCUGAGGACAUGAUUUUUUUACAUUUAAACUCUUAAGCCAAGUAGAGAAAGCCCUAGAUACCCGUGUCUAUUUUGUAUUGGUCACUGGGACUUUUUUAAGUUUUUAUUUAUUCAAAUAAAUUUACCAAAAAAGCCCCCUAAGCACAACGACUUGCAUUUCUUGCUAGUGUUCUCUGGCGUCUCACAUCUGUGUGUUUAACUGUUGUCACAGCAACUGAUCUUUUUCCUCUUAGGAUUUUUAUCUGAAAGCACAAUGCAUCAAGUCUCUUGAAAAUCGAAUUCUCUUUUAGCUCUUUUUAUGGGAUAAACUUUAUGCACUGCUAAUGUAGCAUUCUCAAGGAAUAUACAUAAACACAAAUGUAUGCCUGAAUUUGAUUUUUUUGGCAGAAAACAAUACUCUGCUUCUAGAAGCUUUUUGUCUAGUAUUUCAUAAAUCAUUGUUUAACCAUUUAUGGAGCAUAAAUCAUUCAGCAGAUCAUGUCUGUACAUUGUAUAAUGACUGAAAAGCACAUAAAUGUAAUCGACUUUGAACUCAUAAAGAAAACAGGUUUGUGAGGC